UCUGCCAACAGAUGCAUCAGCCAAUAAUCCAACACUUUGAGAACAACAUUUCAUAUAGACAGAUGGUUAAGACCUAGCUAGGCACUGAAGACUAUGGACCUCUCCACAGAUGAAGACUGCCCAGUGUGUAGGGGUGCUUUACAGAAUCCUUCACAGCCGGUUCCAUGCUGUAGAAAAGUGUUUUGUCAGUCUUGUCUAAGACAAGCAGUUUUACUAAGACCCUGGUGUCCAUACUGCAGGAGCCCCAUAAAUGACCGUGCUGCCCUUGCAUUUAGGUCUGCUAUACGACGCGGCAUCGGACUGCAAGCUAGCGGUGCCUCCCUUCAGACCACACGAGCUGUUGGCCCCAAUGUACAGGCUCUCCUCGACCGGCUUAGGGCUGCAAGUGCACGGGAUUCACAGAUAGCCAGCGCUCCAAAUGCCAGCCUGCCCAAUCAGGUUGCUCCAAAUGUUGCUGUAAGGGCAGUUCCAACACCAAGAGUCCAUAUUCAAGCAUCAGUCACCUCCGCGCCAAAUCCAGUCAGGGUCCAAGCAAACACCAGUCCUCAGCUGGACUUCCAGUCAGAUGACCCUGAUGACAUGGACUGGCAUGUUCAAAUUGCUCAAAUGGAAAAUGCAUCUCAUUCAGGAAAUAUCAUCAGAACAUAUAACUGUCCAUACUGUCAGGAAGGUGGCCUGGAUGACCUGGAUCUGCGUGAUCACUGCAAUGACAACCAUCUCAAUGACCAGAGACAAGUGGUUUGCCCUGUGUGUGUGACGCUGCCUCAUGGCAACCCAACUUACUCCAGCAGGAAUUUCAUUGGGCAUCUCAACCUCCGCCACAGCUACUACAUUGACGACAUAUCUAAUAUCUACCAGACUGACGAUGCUAACUUGCAGGAUGCCAUACUGAGAUCAUAUCAACAAACAUAAAUGCCACGUUUUCCCACAAAUGACAAUAUAACUUUGUUAAGACUAUAACAGCAUUAAAAUGGUACGAUUCUGAAACAGUGAUAUCUGGUUGUUUAUAAUGGAUGCAGAACACUUAAUCAUACUGUAUAUGAAUUUAAUUAACUGUAGAAACUGUUAUUGUUAUUUCAUCCAUCAAAUAAUGCUGGAAUUAUACUCGUUAUAUUACUAGGUUUCUUUGAUAUUAAUGUAAUAAUUUCAUUCUUUUUGGCACAGGAUACUUUUCAGAAGGAAGCCUUUCUUAUAAUAUUUACUUAUUCUAAGCUCCCUGACAUGUCUGGAUUUCUAUUACUUCACAUAUUAUACAAAUAUGUUUGCACAUUCAACAGUAAUUGCACUUCUUAAAUAAGCUAUCGGUAUUACUAUGCAGUGCUCCUUAUAUUUAUACUACUUACAUUAACUCCUUACAUGUAUUUUUUUUGGCAUGUAACUCCUGACCUGUAUUUAUAAAUGUGUACAAUAAAAGAGUUCCAAAAACACAAGCAAGAGAGU